CGGGGAUGUUUUUCUUCAAAAACACCAGUUGAGCUCAUCUUGUCGAUCCACCCGUCUACCCUGUGCUGACCUUUGGACAUACGGCCCUGCCUGCACAGGACUAGAUGCAUUUAUUAUGGAACACACUCACAGGUCUGCCGAAGCUGGUAGUCGUUGUUUACGGUGAAGAUCUUCAAGACCUGCACUGACAGAGGGCAUCAACUUCAACUUCAUGUCUAAGGAGACGAUCACAAUGAUGAUGAUGAUGAUGAUGAUGAUGAUGAUGAUGAUGACGAGGAGUUGUUGCAACUUCAAAAGAGAGCUCAGAAACCAUUAGACGACAUCACAAACUUGCAAGUGUGAGAGGAGCACAACGAUGAUUAUGAUGAUGACAAAUUGUAUUUGUUUUUGUUUGGGAAGUCUAGAUUUCUGUGUUUAAGAUAUUGGAGAGGUGAUUAUGGCAGAUGGCAUCUGCUAGAGAUUGAGUGGUGGUCUGUUAGACAUAGCACACUCAGUCUGCUAGAGCUUGAGAAAAUAGUAAUUUCCUAUAAUGAAGAUUGGAGAAGGGAGAGGGAGGGAGUGGUUAGGAUUAGGCGUGUCAGCCAUUUGGUAGCACAGAUCUGGGGUGGUGGUCCACUGGUCGUCAAGCCAAGUAUGUCAGCUGUUUCCUCCAGCCUCCAGGUUAUUUAAAUCCAUUUGACAGCACAGAAAAAGAGCACACUUCGCGGUUACUGUACCUGAUUGUCUUCGAGCAACGUGCAAGUUCCAACGUGGAGUCAUCCUUGUUUUGUGUUCUUCCAUUUUGCCUUUGCUUCUGUAUUGCCUGUGAUUCACCUCUUAUCCCCAGAUUGCACACUUGUCCUACAGCUGGGCAGUGCUAAUCAAUCUUUUCUGUAUCGGUCCAAUGUUAAGGGAUAUCCCGAAGGCGAGUUCAUUGACUUCCAGUUGAUCUCUUUUACUCGAAAUUCCGAGGAGGCCAGGCAAUAUUUUUUUUCAGCUCAGUGACCCCUGAGCUCAGUCAACAGUCCACAACAACACGCAGCCGUCCUGGGCGGAGCGAGAACCCGUAAGUGGUGCUGCGUAAAAAAGCACUCCAUACGAAGUACUACCGGUAGUAGGAGAAGGGUACGUUGAUCUCUCAAGCAGUAGGAGAAGUGUUCGUAGCGUUCUAUACGCGCAGCAGAACGGCACAGGAAUCCUCUGUAGCGGCAUCGAGAGGGAAGAGAAAAAGUGCUAGGUCCUCAGCUAUGGCGGCGGAGAAGAAGCACAUCGUCGUCGUCUUCGGCGCCACUGGCGCUCAGGGUGGGAGUGUGGUGAAGCAUCUGCUGGAGGACGGCAAGUAUGCUGUUCGUGGAGUGACCAGAAACGUGGAAUCUGCGAAAUCGAAGAAGCUGGCGGCGAUGGGAGUGGAGAUGGUUGCAGCAGACCAGAGCAAUUACGACCAAGUCAAAGCUGCGUUCAAGGAUGCUUAUGCUGCUUUCGUUGUGACAUUUUUUUGGGAUCCUGCUUCAAUGGGCAAGGAGCAGGAGCGGGGAGGGAUGGCAGCAAAGGCCGCGAAGGAGGCGGGAGUAACUCAUUACCUCUGGUCCACCCUUCCCAAUGUGGAAGAGCAAAGCGGCGGCAAGUGGCACGUACCACACUUCACCGACAAGGCAAAGGUCGAGCCCAUUAUUCGUGGACUGGGAUUCAAGUAUCACACCUUCAUUUCUCCCAACUUUUACUACAGCAAUUUCAAGGCCUUUGGGAUGGCGAGGGAGCGAGAAGACGGCUCCGUUGCUUUCCUGAUGCCUCACUAUGACGCCAACACCGUUCAUUCUGGCUAUGACGUCGACGACAUGGGUCUUCCGAUUCCGAAUGUUCUUGAUCAUCCAGAGGAGUAUCAUGACAAAUACAUUGUCUACGAGGGGUUCACCGCACCAAUCAAGGAAUGGCUGCACAUCUUCACCAAGGUGACGGGCAAAAGCGCGGUGCUAGAUCCAGUCCCGCCAAACGACUACGUAGAAGAACUCGUUCAGAUGUUUGGAUGGUUCAAAGAAUCUGGCUACUACGGGAAACUGGACAGGACUGCAAGUGUGGAUGCGGCGUUCCCGAGGCCGCUGACGACAUGGAAGGAAUAUCUGCUGCACAAGUGGGAUUGAUUUCCGUGCUGCUUCAUCAUCCCCUUCCUCUCCAGGCCAAUUCAUCAGUGUGGUCUACUCCAGCCAGGUUAGGGUAUUGUACCAGUCCGAACCUCAGGUUCAGUUAGGGCAUCGUGCCUGUCCAUGAAGGAACAGUGUCGUAACAGCAAUCAGUUUAGCGAUUGAUUGAAAAGGUUUGAUCGAUUAGCAAUUUUGUAUCGUAUAAUGUUUUGUAGAUAAUGAAAUCGAUGUGCUCAUGCGUUGCAAGUCCAAGAGGAGGUCCAGAGAUCCACAGAGGGCAUCAGCUUCAAGCAUGAGAGGAAUAUCAUGACGAUGAUGAUCACAAUGAACGUGCUGGGAAUGA